CUAAAAACACAGAAAAAAUGAACACAAUAAUAAGUAGGGUUUUUUCCAAUAAUAACCAUAACAGAAAUAAUAAUAACAAUACAUUGACGCCUGCAAUUUGCGCUGGCAGCAUUCGACUUGCUGUACUUUCUUCCCAUUUCUCCGCCGCCAUGGCUUCUGAGAAAGAAGCUGCUCUUGCCGCUACUCCUCCUCCUUCCGAUUCCCCAACCAUAUUUGACAAAAUCAUCAACAAAGAAAUACCAUCUACUGUGGUUUAUGAGGAUGAUAAGGUCUUAGCUUUUAGGGACAUUUCUCCGCAAGCUCCCACACACAUUAUAAUUAUACCUAAAGUCAGGGAUGGCUUAACUGGGUUAUCUAAGGCUGAGGAGAGGCACUGUGAGAUAUUAGGCCGCCUUCUUUGCACUGCCAAGCUUGUUGCCAAACAGGAAGGUCUUGAUGAUGGCUUCAGGAUUGUGAUCAAUGAUGGUCCUAAAGGAUGUCAAUCUGUCUACCACAUUCAUGUCCAUCUUCUUGGAGGACGACAAAUGAACUGGCCACCUGGCUAAAAUGAACCAAUGUUUGAUUUUGAGUGGGAAGAUGCCCUCUGGUAAUACCGCGUUACUAUCUGCCUGUUUAUCAAGGUCUGAAAAUAAACUGUUGUUUGGAAUGUUAGUAUGGUGAUAUAAAUCAUACCCUUUUAUCCGGAAUGAAAGACGAAGUAAUGUACCGACUUUGCGUUGGAUUUAGAGUAUGACUACUAGUAUCUGGAUCUUUUACUUC